UCUUCCUCUUCAUUCUUUCAUUUCCACCCAAUUCGCUUCCUUGAGUUCUUCCAUAUAUUGUACUAGAAAACUAAGAUUCUCUCUUGUCCCAUAGUUGUUUUCUUCUUCUUUUUCUGUAAAGAUCUAAAAUGGCUUCUCUACAACAGUCAACACUAGAUUUGAUAACUCAGCUUCUUCUUGAUGAUGAUGCUUUUUUGGUAAGUUACGGCUCAUCAGAAACCAACACUAGUUUUGAUUCAAAAACUGAAUUAAAUAGAUUUAAAUUCGAGGGAAAAACAGAGGAUUCAGUUCAGAAAAUGGAAGAUACCUUGAAGCGUUACAGAGGGAUCAGGCAAAGGCCAGGGGGGAAAUUUGUUUCAGAGGUUAGUGACCCGACCCGAAAAGGGAAACGGGUUUGGCUUGGAACUUUUGAUACUGCAACAGAAGCAGCCAUGGCAUAUGAUCGUGCAGCGCUUAAACUAAGAGGGAGCAGAGCAAUUCUGAAUUUCCCACGGAAGCUUGUCCACUUUCGAGCACUGGAGAAACCGAAGGAGGAGGAUUUCUGUCUGGAGUUAGCAAAAAGUGAUACAUAUGAUGAUGUAGUGGAGAGAGUGGCGCAGCGGCUUGGUGUGGAUGAUCCCUCCAAAAUUAGGCUUACUCCACACAACUACUACUCUCAGCAACCCAAGCCUAACCCCAUCAAAUAUCGGUCCGUGGAUCAUUUGGUAGACAUGCUAAUCCAUGACAAUCAGAUUUCUGAUAUUCUUUAUUACGAAGUUCUGGACAUUCCUCUGCCAGAAUUACAAUGUCUGAAGACGUUCAAAGUUGAUUUUCAUCAUUCUAAGAAGGAUGAGGUUGAAAUUUUGAAUGUAAGAUUGCCUAAGCAGAGUACCGUGAGGGAUUUUCUUAAUGGAAUCAAAUCAAAGGUAGAGUUGUCCCAUCCAAAUGCAGAGCUUAGAUUACUCGAAAUCUUCUAUCACAAGAUUUUUAAGAUCUUUCCGCUCACUGAAAAGUUUGAGAAUAUAAAUGACCAGUAUUGGACAUUGCGGGCAGAGGAGAUACCAGAGGAGGAGAAAAAUCUUGGUCCCCAUGAUCGUCUAAUUCAUGUUUACCAUUUCACGAAAGAGACUCCACAAAAUCAAAUGCCAGUGCAGAAUUUUGGAGAACCUUUCUUUCUGGUCAUCCAUGAAGGUGAAACUUUAGCGGAGAUUAAAGUGCGCAUUCAAAAGAAAUUGCAGGUUCCAGAUGAGGAGUUUUCUAAGUGGAAAUUUGCAUUUUUAUCAUUGGGGCACCCUGAAUACCUUCAGGAUACGGACAUUGUAUCCAGCCGCUUUCAGAGGAGAUAUGUUUAUGAUGCUUGGGAGCAGUACCUUGGAUUGGAGCAUGCAGAUAAUACAUCUAGGAGGCCAUAUGUUAGUCAGGUAAAUUCUCUAGUUCUUGNGAGACUCGAACUCAUAACCUCUUGUCGAUCAACACUGAAACGAGUAUGUAGAGAAUACAAUAUCUCUAGAUGGCCACAUCAUAAGACCAGAAAGGUUUAUCGCCGUGUUAGCCAAGGCGUAUCUCUACAAAGUGCUGAACAAUAUGUGGAAGAUACUCAACAAUGUCCUGAUCUGUCCCAUGAAAAAGGCACAGAUCUUUUGGCGCCGGCUGCAACAGAAAAACCUUGUGAUAAUCUGAUGACUUUAAAGGUUACAUAUAGAGGCGAUAUCAUUAAGUUUCAACUCUCCCCUUCAGCAACCAGGGUAGAACUGGAGGUGGAAGUGGAAAAGAGGUUUAACAUAUCACUUCAAAGGUGUUCAAUCAAGUAUCAAGAUGACGACGAUGAUUGGAUUUUGAUAACUAGUAAUUCAGAUUUGAGGGACGGUAUGAAUUCAUUGAGAUUGUUAGGAAGAACUACUAUGAAAUUACUGGUUACCCCAAUAUCUGAGACAUGA